AUGAUCCAAGCAUCAUAUCUCUCAGCCCUCCUGGUGGUGCCCUUCGUGGCCGGUUCAGUGCUGGAUACUAGGCAGGACAAUGCCACCACCAUCCCCUCCAAGGUGGAGUCUGGCAUCCAGACGGAGUGCAAGACAUGUCCAUACUCGCUUUGCACGAACCAAGUCGCGUACCUCUAUGACACGGAGAUGACGCUCACGUGUUGGACCUACGGAGACAACAUUGUUGAUUCGAAUAUCUGGUUGAAAACAACCGAUGGCUGCUAUGUCACUCAAUGGGAUAUCAUCGAGUAUGCAGGAGACUGUUUCCCCUACUGUGGCGACAUUGCCAAGACCUACACCACCGGUCCAAGUGCGACGGUGUACUAUACAGAGUGCAACAUCAUCCCCGAGACCGUCGAGCGUCAGGACCGCAUCAAGAUGUACAAGACUGAGGUCGAUCUCACCCUGACUUGCUACACUGACGAUGGUGACGCCAUCCUCGGCAACUCGAGAUGGUUCAAGACCCUAUCCAACUGCUACGUGCCAGAAGCACAGAUCGAGUACGUUGACAACGGGCUCGACAACUGCGGGCCGAUUCCCUUCAUGGAGACCAAGAUGCGUGACCCGGACCCGGAGCCGACCCCUGAAGUGGCAGCUUUCCCUGCCCCCAGCGUACAGGCUCGCGAGAAGGACCUCCCGAAAGAAACCUGGAAACGGUGGCUGUACCUCACGCAGAUUGGCGAUGACUCGGCCAAUUGCACGUCGGAGGCGAGCAGCACUUCAGCCGUGGAACAGGAGCUGCCGUUCGGAAACUAUAUCAUUGUUCAAUGUGCGACAUAUGGCGCCGCCCCUGAGCAAGAUCAGAUCUACCUGCUCACGGAUGACUUUUGCUGGGUAAACGACACCCUGACUGAUCCUCAGCUGAUUGACGACGAGAUCCGAUCCCAACGCUAUCCGAACUGCAUUGAUUUCGUUGAUACCGAGGUCUAA